AUGCCGGUUGAGUCUGGGAUGUGGGCGUUCAUGGGCGUGUGCAAGAUGGGCGCGGUGGUGGAGGUUGACUGGCCUCAAUGGCAGCGCGGCGCUGGGCCACCUCUAGCUCGGAAUCCUGGUCUCGGAGCUUCUGGAAGGCGCCAUCGAGCUCCUCUCGCGACCAGUCGCCUGCCGCCAAGUCACUACCUCCGAUCAUUCACCAAGAGGAAUUUGGGUCUCUUGCGCGCUAUGGGCGCGAAACACCAGGCCGUCUGUCGCGUUCUUCUCGGUGUCAUCCACGAUAUCAUCCCACUGCCCUGCCGGCAAGGUCUCGCCAACAAUCGCUCGCGCGGGCCUCUUAUACGAUUUGUGCGCGCACUGCCUGGCUUUGUGUGCCUCGCGCAACACGGAGAGGCGAACGAGGAGCUGCUCAUGAAGUCGGACGAGACGCUGUACCGCUUCCACAACAAGAAGGCCGUCUUCGUCCGCGAGGGCGCGCGCAAGAGCUUCAACUUACCGAAGCCGCACUGA